GGCUGGGAUUGGUAAGGGGACUCGCGUCUCAGUCGCUGCAGUUCUGCACAGCAGCACAUCGGCGGGGACCAUGGCAGGCUCCCCUGACCAAGAGGGCUUCUUCAACCUGCUGAGCCAUGUGCAGGGUGACCGAAUGGAGGAGCAGCGCUGCUCGCUGCGGGCAGGGCCAGGCACCCCCUCCACGAGCGAGAGCGGCCCCGUGCCAGAGAUGGACAGUCUGAUGGACAUGCUGGCCAGCACCCAGGGCCACCGCAUGGAUGACCAGCGUGUGACGGCCAGCGCCCUGCCUGGCUUCCAGCCUGCGGGCUCCAAGGACGGAGUGCAGAAACGAGCUGGGACCCUCAGCCCCCAGCCUCUCCUCACCCCUCAGGACCCAUCUGCUCUCGGCUUCCGUCGGAACAGCAGCCCCCAGCCCCAGACACAAGCCCCCUGAAGGCUGAAGCCCUCUUGCACCCUCCUUGUACCCCCCAAAAGCAGAUAAUAAAACACUUCCGUGAGAAACAAAGAACUGAGCGUAUG